CCCGCUGCCCGCCCAGCGGAGCGCGCCCCGCGAAGCGCAUGGAGCGGUGGUCGAUGCUCCUGGCCCUGCUGGGGCUCGGGCUGUGCUGGGUAGCGGCCGCGGAACGCCACACCGUCUUCUGGAACAGCUCCAACCCCCGGUUCCUGUGGAAUGACUACACAGUAGAGGUGCGCCUCAACGACUACCUGGACAUCAUCUGCCCACACUAUGAGGAGGGGACUGUCGACCCCCAUGCCAUGGAGCGUUACACACUCUAUCUGGUGGAGCCCGAGGAAUACCGGGCCUGCAAGCCCCGCUCCAAGGAGCAGAUCCGCUGGGAGUGCAACAAGCCCAGUGCCCUUCAUGGCCCCGAGAAGUUCUCGGAGAAGUUCCAGCGCUUCACCCCCUUCACACUGGGCAAGGAGUUCAAGGAGGGGCACAGCUACUACUACAUCUCUCAGGCACCGCCUGUCCCUUCCUCUACCCAGAAGGGGAGGAUCCAGGCAGAUGAUGCAGCUGCACAUGUGCUGAGGAGCGUGGGGCAGAACUCGGGGAUGCGGGGCAGCAGCCCCUUCACCUUCAUCAGCCUCCUCCUGCCGCUCCUGGUGCCGCAGGGGCUGUGAGCUGCCCCGCUGUGCCUGGACAGACCAAGGCUGUGGCCGCUGGGGACAGAGCCAGGAUGCUCAGGACCCCUGUGGUCCUCACAUGCACCCCGGGGUGGCCUACCCUGUGCACAUCUGGGCAAGGAAAGGAUUUGUCAGUAUUACAGGGCCAGAGGGCCCCAAGCCAAGCUGAGCAGCCAAAGCCCUCAGGCUGCCCCAGCUCCCCUGGCCCUCGCAGGCAGGAUGGUCUCAGCAGCCAGAGGCUGAGCGUGAGCCUGAGGCUGGAGGAGCCGCACGUGCCCCAGACUGGAGAGGAGCAGGAGGCUGGCACCCCUGCCCCAGGAGCUGAGCUUGCCCAUGGAUGGCCCUUGGGUCUCUCUGCUGUGGGCUCAGACUGUGAUGUGUCCCGCAGGCAGGGACGUGGUGCUGGCCCUGUGGCCAGCCAGGUGCCCUGGUGCUGGCUGCAGCCCCUUGGCAUCCCUGGCUCUGGGAGUCUGGAUGUGCUUGAGAAGAUGCCUAGCAGCCAGCAGAGCGGGACUGUAGGAAACAUCCCCCUCCCCACUGUGCUGUGCCCCUUUGCUAUCCUUCAUCCCACUGCACAUGGCGGGGGCGGGGGGGACGGGCAGUGAGAGCUGUCCCCACCCUGAAUCUCCCCCCUCCCCUCUGCUGGGUGCCAGAGGGGGCCCCCACUCCCCCAGUAGCACUGUGUGUGGGGCGCUUUGACCACCCUGAUUUGUACAGCUUUCUAACACAGGAGUUUUUAUAUGAUUGUCUUGAAUAAAUAACCAAGAGCAUGCUGAGCACCUGGGGCUGGGGGGGGGUAAGGGGCCUGCCCCCCCACCACAGAGCUGGGCUGUCCUGGCCAUGUCUGGCCUUGGAAGGA